AUGAAUUUGCUAUUUACGAUUUUAGUAUUGUUCAGUUCGGUUUACACCAGUUACAGUAUUCGAAAAUUACCGGAUUUUGUGGAGGUGUGUAAUCGAGGAGAUCCGAAACUCUUCGAUUGUGUUAAAAGAAGUUUCGAGAAUGUGCUGCAGCAUCUGGACAAUGGGAUACCGGAAAUGAACCUUUUGGCGAUGAACCCGGUGUUCUUGGAUAAGUUAGAUUUUCAGUUGGGCGAUAACAGCUCCGCUCUCAGUAUGGAUGCGCACUUGAAUAAUUUCAAAAUCUUUGGAACGACCGACAGUAAAUUGAAGAGCGGUCAUUUCGAUCUGGACAAAUUGGACUUUGAUAUGGUAAUGGAAACACCGCAUAUAUAUUUGGAAGCGGAUUGGAAAGCCAAAGGAAAAGUAUUGCUAAUCCAAUUCGACAGCGACGGAUUUUACAAGGCGAACAUGACGAAAGUGACCAUGAAUUCGCGCUACACUGGGUCAAGGUUUACGAAGAAAGGUGAAGAGUACAUGAAAGUGGAAGAUUUGAAAUUGGAUUUGAACAUAGGAACGUUUAAUAUCAAUAUCGACAACUUGUUUAAAAACAACAAGGAAUUAUCAGAAGCGACGGGAAAGGCUAUUAACGAAAAUGCCGAUCUGUUAUUCAUUGAGAUGAAACCGUUCAUUUUAGAGGAACUUAAUUAUGAUUGUGAGAUUAAGCUGGUUCACACUUUGAAGUGUUACGUCGAAAAUAUGGUUAUAAAACUUUUAAAUGAAGCCGAAUGCUAUAAGCUUGGUGAUAAGAUCGACAAGGACACAAUGUCGUUAGCAAUUUAUUUCGCCAACGAGAAAACAAAAACAUUGUUGCAGACAACCGCAAACCAGGAAUAUAAACGGCUUGCGGCUGAAAUAAACGAGAAACCAAUUACAAAGAAGGAUUCAUUUGGAUUAAAGAUACCCAAAGAAAACUUAGGUGGUUGCAACUAUCAAUUGAUGAAUCCCAGAAAGAAGGUGCAUGUGGAAGCGGUAGAAAAUUACGCGCAUUUCACCUUCCUGGUUCCACAAAACCACAAAGCUCCUGCAAAGCCGAACAUGGGAACGUACAUGUUCAAGAACAAACCGAACUUGAACGAAGUACCCAUGAAGAUAACAAUACGACCAAAGUUCAACAUUCAACAAAACAUGUCGAUGUUGAAGAAACGAUUGAACAAGUGA